AUUCCAUUACACCAUGAUAAAGACAACUCAUUAUAUUACUCUAUUCUAAAUCCCCUUAUUUUUCUUGUACUAAUCUCUCUUAAUCAAGCUCUCAUUCACAUUUCCUAAAAAAAAAAAAAAAAACGCUCUCGUUUACAUUUAUUUCUUCCACAAUUCACCUUAUUCUUCCACCUUUAUAAUUUAUUGACCAAAUAAUUCCUACCUUAUAUAAAUUGGUUACAUAAUAAAAUCUUGAUUUACAUAUAGUAAAGUCAUAGUGUCCUACAUAAUAUAGUACACCCUAUUAUACUUCAAUUCCCUUUGAACCUUCUAGUCUCUCCACUCCUAUAUAUAAACACCUCCACCUUUAUCCUUCUUCCUCCAUUAUUAGCUUUACUGUUUCGUAUCAUUUUUCUUCUCCACUCAUUAUUUUCCAACUUUUUUCUUCUAUCUUCACCCAUGGCUUCUCUUAAGCUUUUGGGUGUUCUCUUUAUCGUCUUUGCCUUUUCGGGUUGUUCCGAUGCUAUGAAUCAACGCCCUAUUAGGCAUUAUGUUAAUGGUAGGCAAGGUUGGGUUCCUCACCCUGCUCAGGAUUAUAAUCAGUGGGCUGGUUCCAAUCGGUUUCUUGUUCAUGAUACUGUUUUGUUUAGGUAUAACAAAGCAACGGAUUCAGUGUUGGAAGUGAGUAAAGAAGAUUAUGAUAGUUGUAACACUGAUCACCCUAUACAAAAGAUGCAAGAUGGCGAGUCGGAAUUUGAGUUGAAUCAUUCAGGACCAUUUUACUUCAUAAGUGGUAACAAAACUAAUUGUCAACAAGGCCAAAAGAUCAUUGUGAAAGUCUUAUCAUAUCCUUCUAAACCACCUUCCACCAAGCCUCCGUCGACUCCUGGUGCCUCCCCCGGUUCUCCUACUACACAACCUCCCGCAGGCACUCCCGGAUCCAGCCACCAUGGGGGCGGUGGUGGCGGUGGAGCUGGCGGCCCAGCCAUGUCACCACCAUCCGGUACACCUGGUGCAUCUGGUCCAGCUAUGUCACCACCAUCCGGUACACCUGGCGCAUCUGGUCCAGCCAUGUCACCACCAUCCGGUACACCUGGCGCAUCUGGUCCAGCCAUGUCACCACCAUCCGGUACACCUGGCGCAUCUGGUCCAGCCAUGUCACCGCCAUCCGGUACACCUGGCACCUCAGGUCCAGCCAUGUCACCACCAUCCGGGACACCUGGCACCUCAGGUCCAGCCACCUCACCAUCAUCCGGGACACCUGGCACUUCUGGCCCAGCUAUGUCACCACCAUCCGGGACACCUGGCACCUCAGGUCCAGCCACCUCACCUUCAUCCGGGACACCUGGCACUUCUGGCCCAGCCAUGUCACCACCAUCCGGUACACCUGGCACUUCUGGUCCAGCCACGUCACCUUCAUCUAGCACGCCUGGCGCUUCUGGUCCAGCCACAUCACCUUCAUCCGGUACACCUGGCACUUCAGGUCCUGCCAUGUCACCAUCCUCUGGUACACCUGGCACUUCAGGUCCUGCCAUGUCACCAUCCUCUGGUACACCUGGCACCUCAGGUCCUGCCAUGUCACCAUCAUCUGGAACCCCAACAGGUCCGGCAGUUUCUCCGACGACCGCCAGUGGACCAAGCAUGUCUCCGGAAGGCGGUGUUGCAUCGCCACCGGCACCACCAGGGUCAGAGCCGGGUACAGCUCCAGCAUCCGGCCCAGGUUCGGUACCAGCAUCUGGACCGGGAGGUGCGGGUGGGAACCCGUCUGAUCUAAACGCCCCAUCCCCAUCGGAAUCAAAGAAAAACGCUGCUGUGAGGGGCGGCGUUUCAAUGAGUGUGGGUUUAUUAUCAGUGUUAGCUGGUUUAGUUAUGUGGUUUAAUUAAGUUAUGUUAAUUACUUUUGGGUCAUUUUCUCCAUUAUUGAUAUUAGUGUUUAUUUUAUUUUUGGUUUUUUGAGUUAUGAUUUUAUGUGGAGGCAUAGUGGUACAUGUGUGUGAUUAUCUUUAUCUCUACUUUUUUUUUUAGAGGUCCCCUUUUUAUAUUAAUCAGGGGUGUUUUAUGAUUUUAGGUUUUGGACAGUGAUUUUUUUUGUGUAUUUAUUAUUUCAGACUUAAUAAUUGAUUACUCAGUUAUAUUUA